AUGAAGUGGUUCCAGCAGUUGAACUUAAUUGAAGGCCAGGAUGUUCCUACCACGCCAUACAGCAUUCCUGAGUAUGGUGGUAUCAAAUACUCCUGCACUCUACUCGCCAAUGUCCUUGACUAUCCUGCCACUUCAUUCUAUUAUGUCGACAAGAACUUUGACAAGCCGUAUGUCGACUUCGAGCUUCUGGAUCCCAAUGAUAAGAUGGUGCAGGGUCAAUACAACCCAGAGCUGGCCCACGGUGCUCCCGUGAGCUUCCAGAUAAUUGGCCGCCGUUUCGAAGAGGAGAAGGUACUGAUGAUGACCGACGUUGUCUCUCGCGCUCUUAGAGGCUAA